AUGGUCAGUUCCUGUUGUGGCUCCACCUGUUGUGGUCCAAGCUGUGGCUCUGGCUGCUGUGCUCCCUGCUGCUGCCGCCCCAGUUGCUGUAUUACCAGCUGUUGCCGCCCCAGCUGCUGUGGGUCCUGCUGCUGCCGCCCCACCUGCUGCAUAUCUAGCUGCUGCCGCCCCAGCUGUUGCCAGCCUUGCUGCCGCCCCUGCUGCUGUAUUUCUAGCUGCUGUCACCCCAGCUGCUGUGGGUCUAGCUGCUGCCAACCUUGCUGUUGCCGCCCUACCUGCUGCAUAUCUAGCUGUUGCCAGCCCUGCUGCCGCCCCACCUGCUGCUACAUUACCUGCUGCAGAACCAACUGCUGUAGACCAGCCUGCUGUGGGUCCUCUUGCUGCUGA